AUGGAUCACUCGGAGCAUCACGACUACAGCCAUCACGGCAACAUGUCAGGCGGCAGUGGUGGUGGACAUGCCGAUCACGGCGCCGGUAUUGUGGACCACAGCAUCCACGAUCACUCCACGAUGGAUCACGGCGCGUCGACGAUGGAUCAUAGCCACCACGGGAUGGGUGGAGCGGCCGGUAUGAUGAACCACAUGAUGUCGAUGUCGUUCCACGGGGGCUACGAUGAGACGAUCCUGUUCGAGCAGUGGAAAAUCAGCAGUCUAAGCGGGCUGCUCUGGUCGAUGCUGGUCAUCUUCGUGAUGGCCGCGCUGUACGAGGGACUAAAGUACUACCGGGAGCAUCUGUUCUGGCGGACGUACAACGCGCUCCAGUAUCGCCCAGUCACGGUGACGGAAAAGAGCAACGGUAAUGGCGUGCCAGUGGCCAGUGCAUCGACUGGUGUCGCCGAACGCGGCACGGGCGCUGGUGAUGGGCUCAACGGUGGUGCCGGUGAAGUAGGAAGUGGUCUAAACGAAGAUAGCGCCCGAAUCGUGCACAUGGUUGGAGAAGUCAUCCACAAGCAACCGCCGACAAUGUUGUCGCUCAUGCACCUUUACCAAACGGUCCUGCACAUCCUACAAGUUACACUGAGCUUCCUGCUGAUGCUGAUUUUCAUGACGUACAACACGUGGCUGUGCCUGGCGGUGGUUCUGGGAGCCGCUCUGGGUUAUUUCCUGUUCGGUUGGAAGAAAUCAGUCAUCGUCGACGUUACCGAGCACUGCCACUAAAUGGCAUCGCUACAGCAGAGAGCGUUCAACCGUAGCACAAGGUUCGAAUUUUAUGCGUCAGUGCAAUGGCUAUGGUAGAUUAUUGCCGGGAUGAUGACAAUGGCAAGGCAUUGGGCUGUUUUUCGCAAGCAUAGGCUUAUUACGAAUCUACCGGAUAAAAGACAAGCGUUUGGAACGUUGACUCCGAUUCUGGGAAUAUCGAUAGAAAUUGCAAUCGUGCAUCAGUUAGGAAUUCAAUGUGGAAUCAUCUGUUGAAUGUACAGGUGAAUGUAGGCUAGCACAGUUACUGGUAUCCGAAACUUUACUACUCUGCCGCCCACUCCCUUGCCAGGCGGAACUGUACGAUUGUGUGAUACCCAGAAUGGAAAAAGGAUACGGCAGGCAUAUCGCGGUCAGUUUAGCACAAAAUGUUGCGAAACGAAUUUCCUAGCACAGAGGUAAUUGGCGAAAUCAAAUUGUAAAUACAUAAAUAAUCUAUGGUGCCCCGUCGAUGGGACAGAGUGCGUAAUCGAGAUGAGGCAUCAUAUUAUAGCAACCGCCAAUAGAAAACCCUAUUACUGAGCUUUUUGUACAGAACGGAGGGCUACGAGCAUCGGACAAAGUGGCGAACUGUGAACACGUUUUUAGAGAGGAAUUUAACCGAACGCCUGUUGGUGGGGAUAGUUUUCACGAACGAAAAAGCAUCGAUGUUACGUAAUGAUUAUGAAAAGAGAAAAGGGAAACGUGUUAAGAACACUUUCAAACUGUUAACAUAAUUCGCCGACCCGACACUUAGGGAUCUUCACCUGAAGCAUAAUCCAUUGGGCAACUGUAACCUAGUUGUUGCUGGCUAGCUACUACAAAUAGCGCGCGAUAGGAUUUGUUAUUAUACUUUUCAUAAUGUUGAUUAUUUGAUUUUUGGCUGCAAUUGAUGCUUGACUUCAUGAUAACAGUUUUUUGUUCAAUUCUUUGUUCAGUUCUUUGCUUGAUAGUAAACUUAUAUCCAAUCUUCCAAAAUUUUAAACAAUAGCUACAAUCGAUGUAAGCUAAAUGAUAGAAAACCACCGUACUGUUAAAAAAACAUUCUUACUGGUUCAUUCGUUCCUGUGAGUCGUUGCAUACAACAAAAAAACUUCGAAUCGUUCAUGAAGGCGAGCGAUAUUAAAAGCAUCUUAAAGUUAAGUUAGUUUUGAAUGCCAGUCGGCGUGUUCGGUCCGUAUAGUGCGGCAUGCUUUCGUCAACGUUUCAUUUUUAUUACAUCCUCACUCGACUGUGAGAACUUUAUCUCUUCUAGUUUAGAUUGUUAGAUUUUAAUGAACAAAUCAUAGUGGUUUAUUCUCUUUUUUAUACAAAAAAUAUAUACAUAUACACAAAAUACAUAUGACACGAUGAA